UCUUUUCCGCUGUUUUAAACGGUGAACGAGAGAGAAAGAGAUUAGCCAGCCAGGAUACUCCCCGCGUGCGCUGUCAACGUAACGCAAGCACUUCUCUUAGAGACGAGCUGAUUACGUAAAGUUGUCGCACCGUCCCUGACGGGUUGGUUGCUCUUUUCUCUUACGCAAGUGGCGUAUCGAGUUAACCACACAGCCAACCCCACAGAGCAUUUAGUCGCCUCCUUUUCUUUCAUCAGAGUGUGAUGGAAUGAGGCCAAGACUGAGAGGACCAAAACCUCUACCCUAAUAUUUGAGUGAGGUAGUUCCUAUGUCCCUUAUGAGGGCAGCUGGCAACACUGCGGCGCCCUUGUGGGUGACACAUCAGCCAGUGAAACUUGCAUGAAAGCACAAGAAGAAACUGGAUCUCAGUUUUGUAACAGUGGCCAGAUGUCACUGCAUAUUUCAAGAAAGGAAUGACAGGCCAGCAGGGCUGGGCCGGAAACAGUGGCUUCCACUUGUUCUUUGCUCCUCCGUGGUGAAGGUAAAAAACAGUUAAUGGGCCGCCAUUUUGUACAGGAAGUGGCUGUCCCCAAAGCAUGAGUUCAUCAGGCAAAUGUGAAAGACUGUGAAUGGCCAUUUUGAAAUCUUUAAUAAUGUGCAGUUAUAUGCAACUGUCAGGACUGUGUGGUCACCCAGCCAGUAGGGCACACUUCUGAUUCAUUGGUGAUCUCCAGGUGAAGGGUAGCAUUCGCACAAAGAAGACAUAGCACAUCUCUUCUUGCAUCCAGAUCAAAUUUAAAACUGGAGUUUUUCUCCAAAAGAGAAUGUUGGACUGUUGUUUUCUUGUAUGAGCCCAAGAGGAACAGGCGGUGUUGGGUAGAUGGAUGCUAUGAUUCUGUGUAUUCCCACUGAUUAUAAGAUCGGUUUUACAGUUUGUGGCAUCAGAAAAGGGUAUGUGUGAAGGCAACAUUGACCACUUUUUUAUCAGAGCAGUGGUAUUUAAUACCCCAAGGGAUCUAUUCAAUUUGGUUAUUAGGCUACUGUACCAAAUAAGGAACAACUUGCUGCUGAAAGACUUUUCUGUUAGCAGGACAAAUGUGAAAGAAUAUUGAGCAAGGUUAAAUUUCCCACAACAGUCAACUCCAUAUGAUGGACAUUGCACCUUUAUCUUAUCAAGCUGGCAGUCAGUCAUUGUGUUAUACAACAGAAUUGUUAAUAGAGACAACCAUGCCCUUAAGAUGCACACUCUGCUGUCUAUGUAUUUUGAAAAACUACCAUGACAGGAUAUGAGUGACUUUGGGGAACAGGAGCAGACAUAAGAUUAAUGUGUGCCUUCCAAGAUAAAGGCCAUUUACAUAUAUUUGAAUUCUUGAGGACAAGCCAGCAGAGAAUUUAAGAGGGCAGUGUGAAGGACGUGUAACUGUGAAGAAGAAUGACAAGUCAUCGUAUCACUCCACCAUGUGAUAGGCGGCAGUUUCCAUGGGGCAUGAAUAACAUGGCUUCAUCUACCAAUGAACCACAGCCAAUGCGACUGCCAUUUCUUGAGGCUGAUCUGCGGCUUCAAUCGAUGUGUGGAGGUCCGAUGCAGCAGCCUGUUCGACGGAGCGGCCCUCGGUCCAGGUUGCUGCCGCCACCUCCGCCUGCUCCGCUCCUGCUGCCUUUCCCGGCCCAGCCUCCUAUCGACGUUGUCGGGCUUCCAGCAGCCGUUUUGAGCGGAGAUCGACCAAGGCCAAAAGACGGGCUGACUGCUGGAAGACAGCCAUUGCUCACAAUGUAUAGACCAAAAGUAAGCCUGAAAGACAGGCACCAACUUUACAAGCUGAUUAUCAGUCAGUUGCUAUAUGAUGGAUAUAUCAAUAUUGCUAAUGGUCUGAUAAAUGAGGUAAAGCCACAGUCUGUAUGUGCACCCUCCGAACAGUUAUUGCAUCUUAUUAAAUUGGGAAUGGAAAAUGAUGAUAGUGCUGUUCAGUAUGCAAUUGGGCGCUCUGAUACAGUAGCUCCUGGCACAGGGAUUGACUUGGAGUUCGAUGCAGAUGUACAGACAAUGUCCCCAGAGGCUUCUGAAUAUGAGACCUGUUAUGUCACAUCUCACAAAGGACCAUGUCGUGUAGCUACAUAUAGCAGAGAUGGACAGUUAAUAGCUACAGGAUCAGCUGAUGCUUCAAUCAAAAUACUUGAUACAGAGAGAAUGUUGGCAAAGAGUGCUAUGCCUAUUGAGGUUAUGAUGAAUGAAACAGCUCAGCAGAACAUGGAGAACCACCCUGUGAUUAGGACUCUUUAUGAUCACGUGGAUGAGGUUACGUGUUUAGCUUUCCAUCCAACAGAACAAAUCCUUGCCUCUGGUUCAAGGGAUUACACACUUAAAUUGUUUGACUACUCAAAACCAUCUGCCAAAAGAGCCUUCAAAUACAUCCAGGAAGCAGAAAUGCUGCGAUCUAUCUCUUUCCAUCCUUCUGGAGACUUCAUUCUUGUUGGUACCCAGCAUCCUACCCUGCGACUGUAUGAUGUUAAUACUUUCCAGUGCUUUGUAUCUUGCAAUCCUCAAGAUCAGCACACUGAUGCCAUAUGCUCAGUUAAUUACAAUGCAAGUGCUAACAUGUAUGUAACAGGCAGCAAAGACGGAUGCAUCAAAUUGUGGGAUGGCGUUUCAAAUCGUUGUAUCACUACGUUUGAGAAAGCGCACGAUGGGGCUGAAGUCUGUUCUGCCAUUUUCUCCAAGAAUUCCAAAUAUAUCCUGUCUAGUGGAAAGGACUCUGUAGCUAAACUAUGGGAGAUAUCUACAGGGAGAACACUGGUCAAAUAUACAGGAGCUGGUUUGAGUGGACGCCAAGUUCAUAGGACACAGGCAGUCUUCAACCACACGGAAGACUAUGUGCUUCUUCCAGAUGAAAGGACCAUUAGCCUCUGCUGCUGGGACUCACGAACAGCUGAGCGACGGAAUCUUCUUUCCUUGGGGCAUAACAGCAUAGUUCGCUGUAUUGUCCACUCUCCUACCAAUCCUGGCUUCAUGACUUGCAGUGAUGACUACAGAGCUCGAUUUUGGUACCGAAGAUCAACCACGGACUGAAGUGGCAACUGUAAAAUAGUUGCCUCAAUUUUAUUCUUUUUUUAUUUUAAAAGCUUUACCAUGACUGAAUUUAAGUAGUAUGGACUGCGUUUUCUCAAGAAAUAAAACAAAUCCCUACUAAAAGGACAGUUUUAAAAGUUGUGACCAUGUGUAGAAAACAACUAGGGCAACUUAAAACAUUUUUUUCAUUAGCUAAUUGUGUAAGUUUCAUAGGAUAGGUUGCCCACUUUUGGUAGCACAGCAUGGCCUUCUUUAUAUUUUUUUAAACUCUUUGCUAUGUUUCAUUUCAUGCACAGUUAAUGCUGUUUUGUUGUGCGUGUUUUUCCCAGUCUUCUGAUUGUCUAGGGCAGUGUUCUUCAACCUUGGGUCCCUAGAAGUUGUUCGACUACAACUCCCAUUAACUCCAGCCAGUGUAAGCCAAUGGCCAAGGAUGAUGGGAGUUGUAGUCCAACAAUAUAUGGGGACCCAAGGUUAAAGAUAAGUGGUCUAGAGUUUUGAUCUGGAAUUUUGUACCAUGCUUUUGUUCUUUUUUUACUUAUUUGUAGAUACUUAAGGUUCUCUUAUUAAAACUCAUUCUUAGUA